AUGACACGAGUGGAUGGAGGAGGCUGUGGUGGUGGCCAGGUGAGCAUGGCAAACCCCGUGGGUGUUUGUUUGCGUGAUUUUUCGGAGAAGUGUGCACGCGUGUGCGAAGCCUGUCUAGCUCAGUUGGUAGAGCGCAAGACUCUUAAUCUUGUGGUCGUGGGUUCGAGCCCCACGCGAGAUUUUUCGGAGAAGUGUGCACGCGUGUGCGAAGCCUGUCUAGCUCAGUUGGUAGAGCGCAAGACUCUUAAUCUUGUGGUCGUGGGUUCGAGCCCCACGAAGUGUGCACGCGUGUGCGAAGCCUGUCUAGCUCAGUUGGUAGAGCGCAAGACUCUUAAUCUUGUGGUCGUGGGUUCGAGCCCCACGGUGGGCGACUACCAAUGA